CUGUGCGACAGUGCGCACACGCUCGUGCGUCAGUGUGCGUUGUGUCAGGGGCAAUCAUCGCGUUCCGGGAAACGGCGUCUGGCGUUCCCUGCAAUGUUCUGAAACCACGAACAUGAGGAACACCGUGAAGCGCAGGAAGUCCAGCGGUCUUACCACCCAAACAUUGCUGGACUUUGAUUUAGGCGAAUCGUCAUCGGAUUCGGAUUUCCGCAUCGAGGAUCACGAUGACGAAAGUGACGACUGUUCGUUAGGAUCGAAGGAAGAGAACGACGAUGGGGGAGAUGAUGACGAUGAUGAUGAUGAUGACGACGAUGAUGACGACGACGACGAGGACGACGAUGAUGACGAUGAUGAAGAGGAUGCGGAUGCGGACGAGGACGAGGAUGAGGACGAUGAGGACGAUCAGGCCAAUCAACCGCUGCAGCAUCUGAAAGGCCAGAAUGGAGCGAACCGUAAAGCUGCCGACCAGGAUGCGAACGAAACCGGAAACGAUGAGGAUGAGGAGGAGGAGGAAGAGGACAAUUCGAACGAGGGUAGCGCGAAGGUGACGAGCGUACCGGUGCCGGUGUCGAAGGUGACGAGCGAGCGGGAAGCCGCAAUCCAGAAGCUGCUGAUGAAAUCGAUCUGCUGCGCCUGCUUGGGUGACCGCAGCGAUGAUCAGAACGAGAUCGUCGAGUGUGACGGUUGCGGCGUUACCGUGCACGAAGGUUGCUACGGUGUGAGCGAAAGUACCAGCGUUACCAGCACGAUUUCGUCCUGCUCGACCGAGCCAUGGUUUUGUGAUGCGUGCAAGGCGGGGAUUGAAAAUCCGGACUGUGAGCUGUGCCCGAACAAGGGUGGCAUCUUCAAGGAGACGGAUGUGGGCAAAUGGGUACAUCUGGUGUGUGCGCUGUACGUGCCGGGUGUAGCGUUCGGCGAGGUGGACCAACUGUCCUCCGUGACGCUGUUCGAGAUGCCGUACAACAAAUGGGGCGCCAAAACGUGCAGCCUGUGCGAGGACGCACGGCUCGCGCGCACCGGUGUCUGUAUCGGGUGCGAUGCCGGUAUGUGUAAGACGUACUUUCACGUCACCUGUGCCCAGUACCAUGGGUUCCUGUCCGAGGCACACUCGGAGGAAGCGGACCAGGCCGACCCGUUCUACGCCCACUGUAAGAUACAUUCGGACAAAUCGCUCAUCAAGCACCGCAAGCGCAACUACAACACGAUCAAGAUGAAGGCGGUGCAGCGGCAGCUGGAGGAAGAGUCGCGACGCAAGCAAAAACCAACCCCGGAACAGGUACGCAUCGAGCGGAAGCUUACCAAACACCGCAAACGGUACGUCGCGCACAAGGAGAUGAAAAUACCGCCCUGGGUACCGACGCAGAAGAUGCCGCGGCUGCUGAUCACGAGCGCUACCGCGUGCAAGAAGAUGCUGUACAAAGCGGAACUGAUGGGGCUGGAUAUGGCGGCGAUCGAGUUUCAGGAGGCGCAGAUUGCUUCGCUGAGCGAUGUGCGCAAGAAGUGGCACAUACCGCCCGCAUUUAGCGUCGAGUUUAUUGGCUACUACCUCGACCGGGCGAUCCGGCUGGUGGACAUGAAGAAAAAUCUGCAGGAACAGAUCGUGCUGAACAAACAUCUGCUCGGGAAGCAGCAGCAGCUGCGCGUCAAGUAUGAUCGCAGCGUAGCGAAGAACCAGGACGCGCUGAAGGUGAACGAAUCGUACAAAGCAACCAUAUCGAAGAUUUACGAGCAUCUGAAUGCGCUCUGCCCGAACAAAGCGCUCAUACCGGUGGAACAGGUCGGCAAGCCGCCGGUCGUUGGCGCUCCAUCGUACGGGAAACCGGUGCACCAGAACGUCGUAAUAAAUGCAGCCCUAAGCGUCACACCGCCCGCCCGCACAAUGUCCGUCCCGACGGCGGCCGCAUUGAAGAUGGGCGUAGGGUUUCCGCUGCAGAAUCUCAUGGUGCCGGGCAAGCGGGACGAUACCGGGCGCAUUCUGAGCACCCAGUGCAAGCAGAACAGCGAAGAGCUGCUGAACGAGUGUGGCAUCUGCAAGCGUUGCAAUGAUCAGCAUCUGCUGGCGAAGUGUGACACCUGCCAUCUGCAUUACCAUCUCGGUUGCUUGAACCCGCCGCUCACGCGCCACCCGAAAAAGUCGAAACUGUACGGCUGGCAGUGUUCCGAGUGCGAUAAGUCGGACGACUCCAAUCCGGAAAGUAUCAUCAUACCGAAGAUGCCACGGAAAUCGCGCACCCGCUACUCCAAGGACGGUACGAUUGUGCGGUACGAUUUUACCUAUCCCGAGCAUACGGCACCACCAACAACGCCACCUACCCAGACCGAUGGCACCCGGAAGUCGAUUAAGGGUGGCAACCCGGUGGUGCUGCUCUCGACCGGUUCGGUGGACAUCAAGCAGGAAUGUACAAACGAGGCAGAAUCGUCGAUUGCAAAGCUACCCGGUAAGCGUGGUCGGAAGAAAAAAUCGAUUGACGCACCACCCGGCAUGCCCGGUGGUGAGGCGACACACCCACUUCCGGCUGACGAUACAAACGAUCUCAAACCCAUAAACUCCACGAAAGAGGAGCAGAGCGACGAACAGAGCAGCAAACAUUCGCUGCUCGAUUCUACCUUUUCCGAACUGGACACGUCGGACGAGCAGCAGCAGCAGCAACGGCCGCUGGCUAGUAAGCCGGAAAAGGUAGAAUCAACCACCACGACAGCACCGGACCCGUCCGCGGCUGGUACGUCGCAACACAGAACGAUGCCUGCGCAGGAGGGAGAAUCGCCAGCAAUGGUGCAUACCUCAUGGCCCGGCGCGGCCAGCUCAUCGGAAGCGGUUGCAGCAACAGUAGCAGCAGCAGGAGGAUCGGGUGUUCUGUCUGGCCCAGCCCGGGAAAAUACCGCGUCCUUCUCAUCCACACACCACAAGCACAGUAAGCGGCGAAAGGAAAAGCAUCGCAACCGGUCGCCGAACACGGAGCGCACCAUUUCGAAGGACCACAAACGGAAACGGAAGCGAAAGAAUCACGACUAUGAACCGGUCGACCAAACGGAUCUCGAUUACGGACCACUGCCGGAGUACGGUGAUAGCCGGCCGCGUAUAAAAAUUAAGAUCAAAUCCGUACUGGACGGGUCCAACCGGCACACGACACAGAUAUUCUACGUGCGCACCGAACCACGAAUAGAAGAGUCCGAGUCUGCGCUACCACAGCUCAUAUCCGGUGCCGCCGACAGUUCAUCGCAGAUGAACCAACUGCAGGCGAAUCAAAUGGUACCGGCAGCUACCCAGCUGACACCGUUUAACGGCACCGAGCAUAGCGCUCAGGGACGGGCGCGUGUGAAGCGGGAUGUUGGCAGUCGUCUAAGUGCGUCCAGCACCACCUCCACCGGAGCAAUCGGCUCAUCGUCGUCCGGACCGGAUGAAUGCAUUUGUGACGUUUGCCAGGGUCCGGGCAGCUCAGCUAACAUCGUACAGUGCGAUGAAUGCCAAAAAAGCUAUCACUUCGGAUGUUUGGAACCACCACUGAAAAAAACACCCAAACGGCGUGGUUAUUCCUGGCACUGUGCAGAUUGCGAUCCAACGGAUGUCGAAAGCUGAAUGACGGUUCUGCUGCAGCUAUUCCUUCCAACAAUGCUCCUUCAUCUCGAACCAGCGUCCAGCAAUCGCUCUCGAACAUUGCCUAUUCAUCUCGAGAAGCUCCGUAUUAAUUAUGAUUUACUUUAAGUUCACUAUUGGUACACGUUUGCACACGGUUCAAUAGUGCCAUUACGGGUGUCGUUGUGUACUCACAGCUGGAUAGGACACCUCGUACACCCGACUGCCUGAUUUGAUAUUAUUUGCUGCCUAAAUAUUUCACCCGGAGGAUCUUCACAGCAUCUACAGUGAUUAUUGCACUAUUCGAUCGAACUACGCUUGGAUGUGGCGUAUCCACGGUUCCCCCCCCCCCCCCCCCCCCCGCACAAUCAUCGUUUAUUGUAGCUUUCUUUCCAUUUUCGUAAUAUAUUUUUUACGUCACGUUGUCCAUAACAGAGUCAGCCAUUACGUUAAGCUUUGCCGGGGCACACAUGAAUUGCUGAGCCAAAUGAGAGGAAUUGUAAAAUGAGGAAAACAUCCAUUGUAGUACUGCCCUAAAAUAAAUGUCUAUCAGCCCAAACUCGAA